ACCUAGCAUGCAUAGUUACCUGAAUUCUCCUAAUUAUCAAAUGUUUUCAGCUGACCAAAUCUCUCGGUUCUGUACUAAGGAUGGUUCAUCAGUCAAUAUCACACCGCGAAAACGAUACCCGUCAAAAAAGUAGAGAAACUGCGAUGGAAAUUUUGGCUCAAAUAAAUACGUAUAAGCAAGAAGCAGCACAGACACAGGAAUGUAUCAAAAAUGUGUUUGAGCCGUUACAUAGGAGGAGCACUCAACUUAAUACUACUCGUUUUGAGGACGACUGUUUAAAUUGUUUGUUAAAUGACAUUUUGACCAAGAGCUUUGCACCAAAAGAGGCUUAGGUCUCUCGUGUAAUGAAAGGUUUGAGUGAUCAAGGGAGAGGUACGUACAAUGGAUAAUGAUUUCCGUUGGAACUGGAUCCCCCAAAUUUCAGAAAGUUAUGGAAAUGUUAUAGAAAUGGACACAGAAAAAAAAACUGUAGCAUUUUUUGACAGGGUUUCAGUAUGUGGGAUUAUUGUAGUUCGAUCUGAGUGUCCCAUGACAGACAACCACUACCACAGCUGGACUAUAAAAGUGGAAAGGUCAUCAGAUGGUAAUAUGUUUGUUGGUGUGGCCACAGAGAAGACAGAUUUUACCAGACUGCUUCGUUAUGGAAGUUGGCUUGGUCGUGAUAAAGAGUCUUGGGUUCUUUCUUCUUGGGGAAGGAUAUGCCACAAAAAUGUGGCUUUCGUGCAUGCUGAGUAUAAGUUCUGCCAAGGAGAUUAUAUCACGGUUUAUCUUGAUAUGAUUAAUAGGACUUUGAUGUUUGCCAUCAAUAGGAAAUUGAUAGGGUAUCAAUAUGUUGAUGUCCCAAAUGAUGUAAAUCUGUAUCCAGUUAUUGCAGCAUCAAAGUCUUGUGAAAUGCGUCUUAUAUAUGCACAUACCGUACAACCUUCUUUGCUACUACUCUCAUUAGUGGCACAUACUUUAGUUUAUUGCAAGUCUAAGUCAAGCAAAUUGACCAAAAGGAGCCCUAGACUGCCCAGAGGUUCCAGGUUCCUAUGGUAUGGUACUAUUCAUCUUGAUGGUCUCAAGUCGGCUGCGUGUGAUGUCACCAUGGUAUCGUGCAGUCUUGUACAUCUUUUAUGCUAAAUUUUAUAUUGAAAUGCUUUAUUUUUCUUAUUUUGUCAAAUAUGGUUAUGAUUUAACUAGGUAUAUAUUUUAAAUGAAAAAACACUAAUAGUUUUUCUUGUAGGAUGCGGUAGGCUGUCAAAUAUGUACAUGUAUAAACAGGAUAAUAAUCAAGUAUAAUAAACAAGAUAAUUGGUCAGUUUGAAGUGCGAUUAUUUGUUUUAGAAAUGAUACAAAAUAUUAUCUAAAAUUUUGUCCGAAAAUGGAGUCUUCGACAUAAGAAACAUUCAACAAACAAGGUACCACUUACUAAUAUCGUAUGUAAUAACAAAAAACAUGCUGUUUAGCAGAUGUGCACUGAGUGUGACUCAUUUGUAGAUUAAAACCUUCCUUUUGCUUGAGCUGAGAACUGCAUGCUUAAUCCCAUACCAGUUCUAGCUGCUCAUCUUUGUCCAUCCUAAAACUAAAUUGUCCAUUAAGCAAAACAUCUGUUAACCGAAAUAUGAAUGUAUUUCUUAUGGGAAAAAUUUGCUUAGUUUAGGACAGAUAGCUGAAAGGAAAACUUUCUGGAGCAGAUUAAAUCUUUUAUAAGACGUAUAAGUUUUUUUAGAAAAAUAGAAAUUAGAUAUUGUGAUAUGGGACUGUUAGAGACCUCCUUACGAGAUAGUUACCAGUUUAUUUUUAACUAUUCAAAUGAUUUCUUAAUGUAAAAUUAUAAUUGUCAAAAAUGUAUUUAAUGUGACAUAGUCUUGCCAGUGGUAUUUUUUGGAAGUACCAAUAAGUGUACUGAAAAAUUGAGUUUCCCCAUUUCAUAAAAUGUACAUAUUUUUGAUGAAGUAAGCAAAAUCACAUGCAAAAUUUAAGUACCUGGGUACAUAUAUAAUUCACUUGGAGAAAAUUGGGGUCAAAUAAACCAUUUAAUUUAAAUCACAUUUGUUGCAUUCUUAAGAUUUGUAUAUAUUCACUGUUAAGCUGUGGAAUGAUGAAGACCAAUCUAGUCAUUUAGAAUUUUUUGUGCUUUCAAAUCUGUUUGUAGUAGUAUACCUAUUUUAAUACAUAGUGAUGUAGCUAACUGAUUUGUUUGGUUAACCAAGAGUCCAGCAUGACUCCAACUUUUAGCAUUGUAUUACAGAUGACUGUGAACAAUCUUGAAAAUACUUAUUCUACAUAAGGAAAAACAUAAAUUAAAAAGUAUUUCCAGGAAACUUGCCUUACAGUUCUUAGGGCUAAAAUAGACUGAAAACUGCAUAUUGUGCAUUGUGUGUAUUGAUGCAAAUGAUCAGUGGAGUAUUUGAAGGUCAGUGUGUAGACAAGAGGUUAGACUAAUUUUUGUAGGUUGUGUUAGUCAGCCCAAACAGCAAUCUAUUAAAUUGUCUAUAACUUCGCACAAAAAUGAGAAGGAUAUUUUUUUAACACAACAACCAGACACAAGAAAAUGACACGCUGUCAGCAGCAGCAGCAACCUGCCUAUUACUGCUUUUGCUUGCAACACUAGGCAGGCUGCUGCUUUUAACAGAGUAUUGUUUUGUAGCAUUGGGCUUAAUACUACUCAGUUUGCUAAGAGUUUUAUCUUGGCUAUUACUGAAAUGUGGAAUAGAUAGCUUAGUGCAGUUUUGAAGAUCUUCUGACCUCCAAAUAUCUAAGCAAGAAGCAUUUCAUUCCAACUGUCUCCCCUGAAUUUUAGGUGCAUUGGUUUUUAUAUUCUAUUCCAUCAUGUAAGUUUAUUUAUUUAUUGAUACUAUUUAUUUAUCACCUUUUCCUAUAGCCUGUCUCUUUCUACAUGCUGAUUUCCCAUUAGCCCUCUUUGGUUUAUAAUCUGUGUCCAUAAGGGUUUUCAGCUGAAGAUUUAAAAAAGUGAAAAUAUUUUUUAAUAAGAAUAAGUGAGUAUACAAACAACAACAAAUUGUUUCCAAUUCUAAAAGAUUAUCAGCAAAGAUCAUGUUUAUUGAAAUGUUAAAUUAAAUAUUUUGAGAAACA